UCGUCAUCUCAAAUGAGUCAAUAGUGAUCGCAUUAUGCUGUCAAGUUGAGACUAUUGUACAACAGGCAAGAUUUUGGUUUCGCUAUCCUUUGUAUCUAGCACACCACUCGAAACAACUGUCAGGCCGGCAGUUGUCAUCGAUGUCUGUGUGUACGCGAGAGAAGCACAGACCGCUUGUCUGUUCAUCCUGUUUACUCGCAUUCCCUGGCAGCCCUCGCUGAAAUGCCAUGAGGGAGGCUGUGCAUGUAUGUGUGCGUUUAAAUCGAGCCCCUCCGGCUAAUAAAGGGGGCAGUUCAUGUCGCACUGUACCAUGUGUGGGCGGUGGGUGGCCCGAGCCCGACCUUCCUCUUCUGUCUCUCCCUUGGUUUUUGCAGCCCUGUGUAACAAAACUCUGUGUCUCUGCUGUGUUGAUUUUCCUAUCAGACGCCUAUCAUGCCUUUUCUCCUGGGGUUUAGACAGACCCGGCUGCCUUGUGUAGGAGUGAACAAUCAGAGCUACUUCUGUGAUUCGGGCCACUGCUGUGGGGAAUCUCAGUGUUGCAGCUAUUACUACGAAGUGUGGUGGUUUUGGUUGGUCCUGACUCUCAUCAUCAUUCUGGGCUGCUGCUGUUUGUGCCACCACCGUCGAGCCAAACACAGACUGCAACAACAGCAGCGGCAGCAUGAGAUCAACCUCAUUGCUUACAGAGAAGCCCAUAAUUACACCUCUCUACCAUUCUAUUUCAGGUUCCUGCCUGGCUACCUCUUACCGGCAUACGAGGAAGUCGAGAACAGGCCUCCGACGCCCCCGCCUCCAUACAGUGCCUCUCAGCCAGGCCAAUCCACCAGCAUUGACCCCCUGUGCUCUGAACAACCAGAUGAGCUCUGCCCCCCACUGCAGUCCAGUCCCGUCGUCCAAUCUGGAUCUGAGAACUGUUCCCCGGGACCCUGCGUGGAGCAGCCACGUACUCCCACUGCACACCACCCUGCCAGAAACACUCACAAACCACAAUAUCCCAGCCGAGAAGAGAACGGGCAGCCCCAGCAGGUGGCAUGCGCUACCUCAAACAGCCCUGACAAACAGGGCAGCUCCGGCGAGGAUCUGACCGAACCCGUAGAAGACUGUUCUCCCGACAGCAAAGACAAGACCCCAGGACGCCACCGGCGCUUCACGGGCGACUCUGGAAUCGAGGUAUGCGUAUGUAACCAGGGGCCCGGGGAUGGAGAAGAAGAGGAGGAGAUGAAAGAGCUCGUAGGGCGCUUGGAUGGAGGGGUGCUCGAAGACCAGGACUUCUGUGAUAGCUGCAACCCCCGCAGCAGCAGCCCUCCUCAUGAUCCAGGAGACGAGGAGCAGGGCUUGGCUGCAUCAUAUGUGCCUCUGGAGCACAGAGAGCAUCAGCGACCUCCAGUCUGCCUCCACCUGCACACCAUCAACGAACAGGAAGGUCCACAUAAUGCCAACAACACGGACCCCCAAAGUUGAGCACAACCGGUUCCAGCAGAGACUUCCUUUAGGCUGCUGUCGUCUCCCUUUACUUUCUUGAGAUACAUCAGUUUGUACUGUCAGCAAUGUCACUUUGGGUGUACUUUGUGUGUGUGUGUGUGUGUGUGUGUGUGAGUGUGAGAGAGAGAGAGAGAGAGAAAGGGGGAGUUUGAAAAGAGUGUUAAUGUGUGAGUCCUCACGGUUUUUAUGGAUUAAUAGGGUAAUCUAGUAAAGACGUUAAUAGGUCUGUUGCCUCACAGAGAGGUCACGAUCAAAGCCACAGGGGAAAUUCUCCUCAGUUUAUAGCCUUAUCGAGCUCUGAGUGACAUGCCUGUAGAUUUGGAGGCUUUUUGUUGGUUUUUGGGGGCCGAUUGCCUCCUACUGAGAUGAAGAUGGCACACAAGGUCAGGGGAUGUUAAUUUGUGCUGGCUUUUGUUCUUGAAUUCUUAUCUUUUAUGUCAUUUUUAAAUACUUAAAGGGACAGUUUGCCCAAAAAUGAAAGAUCUGUCUUUAUGUAGUCACUCUCAUGACUUGCCAAGUACACAAGACUUUUAUCAUCUCAUUGAGAUAUUUUUAAUAAAAGAUUUAAGACAGAUCCUUUUACAAAAAAAGUCUACUCCACUAAAAGUGGAUGCUUAAUAAAAGUUUAAGAUUGUAAAAUAAAUACAUAUGCACAUAUGUAGAGCACAUCAAAUAUGAUAAAUACAAGAUUACAUGAUAUUUCUUGUUACACAUCAGUCAAGUACAUUUGAAAUUCUGUUUCUACAUUCCUUAUGUUUAAAUAUAAAUAAAAGCUUUAAUGAAAUGUGUAAUUUAAAAAGCCAAUUAUGUCUCUCUUGAAGACUUGGAUUAAACCACUUGAUUCAUAUGUAUUACAUUUAUGAUCUUUUUAUGAACUUUUUGGAGCGUCAAUAUUUAAGUGAAAUAAACAUGGAAUUUCAAAGGAGUCACCUACAUUUUUGCAGGUUUGAUUAAAAUGGAUAUUUGUUUAAAAGAAAAAGUCUUGUGCAUUUGGACUGAUAUGAAGGUGAGUAAUUAAUGAAUAGAAUUUUCAUUUUUUGGGGAAUUAUCAAUUUAAGAUUAUAUUGUGCACGGAAAAAUGGAAAAACUGACCACAGUCUGUUAAUACUUAAGAGCUUUAAUAUUCGGUUGUUUCUUGUUUUUAUUCUUUUAUUUUCUGAAAAUGUUUGAUCUGAAGUAUCUGCAUGAUGCUGUUCAGAAAAAUGAAGGAAAGUAAUUAUCUCAAAUAUGUAUUUUUGUGUUUUUGUAUCAGUAAGUGAACAUGCUCCCUACCUAGCAGGGUAUGGUUGCCGUUUUGUUUAUUUUAUCUCGUAAUUGUAUGACAUGGUCUUGGGCUUCAUCCAAUAUUUUGCAUGAUUAUUUGCAUAAACUGAAUAGAUUCUACAGCAGAAACUGAAUACAUCCACAUGCUAUAUAGUAGUACAUUUUGAAGUUCAUUAUGCAAAGACUCUUCAAAUGAAGGCUGAAAAUACCUUUGUAUAUAGAUUGAACCCAGCUUGUACAUUUACACUAGGUGCCUUUGUUGAUUUUAGUAGUUUUCAUAUGCCUUAAAGAGAAGAGUGUGUGUCGUAGAAUUUCUGCGUAAAAUAAGGGCCAGUACGAGUGAGGAUUUUGCUCAGUGGUAACGUCUUGUUUGAAAGGAUCACUUGAUAAGCCUUCCAUCGAAACAUAUCAUUUAAAUAUGUUUGUUUUUUUUGCCUUAAUUUAAUUUCUGUAUUCUCCCAUAGUGCUUUUAAGUUGUUUUUGUAUCUUUAACACUGUAAGGGAAUUCUUGCACCACUAACAGUAACUUAUGUACAGGCCUUAUUAAACUUUUAAUGUGCGUUUUAUUGUAGCAAAUCAGGUAAGGUUACUGUCAUGUUAGUGUAGCACUUAAGUCGGGUUCACGAUGAGAUUGAGGUUUGUUUUUAUGUGUCGGUGAGACUGAAAGCUGCUCCACUGCAUUCCCUACACUGUCUGAGUGUGUGAGCGUCAUUCUAGGAUCCUUUAAGUGGAUCGCUCUUCAGGCCGCUGUGUUUGUUUGACCUUUGGUAUAGAUUAGCAGUUAGGUGUCCUAUAAUAGUGUCUUAGCUUGGGCACAGAUGGCUUUUCGGCCAUGUUGAUCUCCAGUUUCGUUUCUGUGCAAAUGGUGGCUAAUUUUCUUUCAAACGUGAUGUGGCCCGAUAAAUUAGGUUCAUAGUGCGUUGGCUGGAAAAACUGGUUUGGGAGGCAGAUUCUAACAUUGACGUGGUGCGUUUGGAAAUGUUUUUGUAGCAGUAUUGUUUGACUAAACCUGGGCUGUCCAAACUCGGUCCUUAGUUUAGCUCCAUCCUUAAUUAAACACACUUUAAGCGGCUAACCAAGGCAUGUUAGAAACUUCCAUGCAGGUUGGAGCUGAACUCUGCCGGAGUUCAAGACCGAGUUUGGACAGCCUUGGAUUAAACCAUAUUGAGCAAUCUGAUUGAUUUGGACCAGUUAUAUCAUCGUAGCGUCAAAAUGAUUUGACCGAUUGAGUGAAGCUUGUAGCUACGAAGUCAUCUGUCGUAAUGGUGCUCAUGACGAUCAUUCUGUAGCUCUAGUCUCCAUUGUUUUCUAUCGUCCUUUAAUGUUUGAGACCAAAGGUAUUGAUUAAAAGUAGAAGUCUGAGUCACUAUGUUGGGUAGCUCACUGUGAAUGAGGUGUUCUUUCAUUUUGCCUGAAUAAGUUGUCAUUGCACUGUUUUGACACUAAGCAGUGAGUGUGUGUGUGUGUGUGUGUGCGUGCGCGCUUGAAGGUGACGAAGGCUGUGCAAGCCAAUUGCUUUUUUUUUUUCUCUCUCAAGCUUUGAUUCAAGCCUGGUACUACGUUUUAGUUUUGUAUCCGUAGUCACUUUCUUUUUAUAUAUAAAACUAUUUUCCGCAUUUUAUAAGAAGACUCAACCAAAUUAAGGAUUAUCAAAGAAUGUUCCAUAUGAAUAAUAAAAAGCUUUGAAAGCCAA